AUGACCUCAGACGCCACAAACGGCCAGGCCGAAAGCGGCAGAUAUGGGACUGAUUACGUCCAAGAAAGAAUCACUUCGCAGGCGGAGAACCCGUUCGCGAGUUUGAUCCCAGACCAGCAGAUUGCUGUCAUACCGUCUUUCACACUUGAAUCCGGUGUCACACUCCAGCAUGUGCCUGUUGCGUAUACCACCAAGGGCAAGCUGUCUCCCAACGGGGACAACGCCAUGGUUAUUUGCCAUGCCUUGACAGGAAGUGCCGAUGUCAGUGACUGGUGGGGCCCGUUGCUUGGUGGCCACGGGAGAGCCUUCGAUGUGUCGCGCUUCUUCGUGGUCUGUAUGAACAGCUUAGGUAGUCCUUACGGCACCGCCAGCCCGGUGACAGCCAAAGAUGGGAACAUGGACAGCGGCAGAUAUGGCCCUGAGUUUCCCCUCACCACAAUUCGCGAUGAUGUCCGCCUCCAUAAGCUCCUCCUUGACGACCUGGGUGUCAAGCAGGUGGCCGCUGUCGUUGGUGGGUCCAUGGGUGGUAUGCUGGUCCUCGAGUGGGCUUACUUCGGAAAGGACUAUGUUCGCUCGAUCGUGCCCAUCGCGACGUCAAGCCGACACAGCGCCUGGUGCAUCAGCUGGGGUGAAGCUCAGAGACAGAGCAUCUACGCCGACCCUAAAUACGACGAUGGAUACUAUUCCUUCUCUGAUCCGCCGACCACUGGACUCGGAGCUGCGAGAAUGUCAGCUCUCUUGACAUACCGCAGCCGCAACUCCUUUGAGACUCGCUUCGGCCGGAAUAUCCCAGAUCCCUCGAGACGCCAGACAAUCAGAGAGAUCCCGCGGCCAAGCACACCAUCAGAGGCUCACUUCAAUAUCCACAACGACGGCCACAAGAUCAACCGACCUGUGAACUCACGGAGGGCCAGUCAAAAUAGCCAGGGGGGCGACGGUGGCCGGGUACAAGCCAAUAACGAUGCGGCUGAGCAGGCAUCAGACCCCCAGUUCCAUGGGCCAAAAUCUGAUGGUCUCACCGGCAGCGACAAAGUGCCGACCUCGACCUACUUCUCAGCUCAAUCUUACCUUCGAUACCAGGGAGAGAAAUUCGUCAAGCGAUUUGACAGCAACUGCUACAUAGCAAUAACCAGGAAGCUCGACACACACGAUGUCUCGCGGGACCGGGCGGCCAACAUCCCCGAAGCCCUGGCCCAGAUCGAGCAACCCGCACUCGUCCUAGGCAUCGAGAGCGAUGGUCUCUUCACAUUUGCGGAGCAGCAGGAAAUCGCAGAGCACAUCGGCAAUUCGAGGCUCGGGAAAAUCGACAGUCCUGAAGGUCACGACGCCUUCUUGCUCCAGUUCGAGCAAGUCAACAAAUACAUCCUCGAGUUCCUCCACGAGGUGCUACCCGACAUCAUGCAGAAGGGAGGCAAUGCCGCGGUCGCGGAGGCUUCCGUUGGUCAGCUGACCAAGAGCAGCACCUUUGGCGAAGCCGAAGUAGAAGACAUAACUGCGUGGUAA